CUGCGCCGUGUGGAUGUUACGUAAUGUAGUUUCAAAGGUUGUGUACAUUUGCCGGACUACACGUCCGAGGAACAUAAUGUGACAGUAAAUUCAGACAGUUAACCGCUUUACAACCUUCAGCCCCAGAGAAGAAGCUGAAAAGUUUAUCAUUAUGAGUUCCUGAUGUCUGUCUGUUGACUCAUCACUAUGAGUGGUGCUGCGUUGGCUGUUGUGGUUGUAGUGGUCUUCCUCUUGGCCCUCUACCUCCUCCAGCGCUAUGGAGACUUGCGGAAGCAGCAGCGGAUGGUCCUGUUGGGAACGCUGCUGUCCUGGUACCUCUGCUUCCUCAUCGUCUUCAUCCUGCCACUGGACGUCAGCACGACCAUCUACAAGCAGUGUAUUCUCGACAAUGCAAACCACCUUGCUCCUGUCACUCAAGCAAGGCACACUAAUCAGACAGACAGCAGAUCCUCUGUUUAUCCAACUGUCAGAAACAGGCUGCUGUUGCCCUUCAUGCAGUCUUACGCACGAUCGGGAACUUUCUCCAGAGUUGGAAAGAUUAAGACAGCUCUUAUUGAAAAUGCUAUCUAUUAUGGCACCUACCUCCUUAUCUUCAUCUCUCUGCUCGUGUAUGUGGCUGCUCACCCACAGUGGCAACUCACAUGGAGAGAGCUCCAGACCAUCGGCAUUACAGCCGCCAACACUUGGGGCCUCUUCCUUCUGGUGCUGUUGCUAGGCUAUGGCCUGGUGGAGAUCCCGCGUUCUUAUUGGCUCUCAUCUUCCAACGAUUACCUGCUGGCCAAGACCUACUUCAAGGCAGCAAAAAUGGCUACUGAGAAGGCAUCAGCUGAGGAGAACCUAGCAGAUGUUAUGGAGGAGGUGGCAAGCGUUAAUGGAUCUGUUAGGUACAACCACUGUCUCAGGAAGUGUGUGGACACUAUUAUUACAAAGUGUCCCACUGAGUACCAAGAGGAGAUGGGGAGAAAUGUGGAAAGCUCUUGUGGGGAACAGAAUCCUCUUCCCACCAAAAGAGGCCUGAUUAAGCUUCAUAAAAAAGUAAUCUCUGCAGUGCAGAGACACGGUCAGACUCGGGUACAGUGGUCCAUCUUGUUAGACCAGGCCUUUCAUCUGGAAGACGUAGCUGAAAGCCAGAGCAGCCCGGUCCGACACUUCAACCACAGCUUCCCUUCAGUACGCCAGCACAGCUGGAUCCAUCGCUUCAUAUACACUCCUACUGUGGAGUGGUACUGGGAGUGUGUGUUAAGGCAGGGUUUCUACAGGCUGCUGGCAGUUCUCCUGUGUCUACUCUCAGCAACAGUUGUUUGGUCCGAGUGCACCUUCUUCAGCACACACCCUGUCCUCUCCCUCUUCGCUGUCUUUGUUCAGAUGGCGGAAAAACAACACAACUACAUUUGUAUCGAGAUGGCGUGCUUUGUCAGUAUCCUCUUCCUGUGUGUCUGUGUCUACUCCACAGUGUUCAGGAUACGAGUUUUCAACUACUAUUACCUGGUGCCACAUCACCAGACUGAUGCUUACAGCCUGCAGUUCAGCGGCAUGUUGUUUUGUCGUCUGACCCCUCCUUUAUGCCUCAACUUUCUGGGCCUGAUUCACAUGGACUCCGCCAUCUCACACCAGGACAGAAUACAGACAUCCUACACCUCUGUCAUGGGCUCUAUGAGUGUGCUAUAUUUCAUAUCUGAUGGGUUCUACAUCUACUAUCCCAUGCUGGUAUUGCUACUCUGCUUUGCCACUUUUUACAGCCUGGGCUCUCGCUGUUUGAACCUCCUCGGCUUUCAUCAGUACAUCACUGACGAUAACUUGACCUCUGACCUGGUGGAUGAAGGCAAGGAACUCAUCAGAAGAGAAAGAAGAAUGAAACAGAAGGCUGAGGAUGGAGAAAAUCGAAGAUGGGCCUGGAGGGAGCGGUAUGGAAUCCAGGGGGCUACUGGGCGGACCAGAGCAGGUUACACUCAGCUGAAGGAUGACCAGAACUGUUCUGUCACAGAGGUCAACAAUAGUGUUAUCAGAUUCACCAGAAGAGAUGGGGAGAAAGAGGAGCAGAGAUGCCUACUGCGAGAUAAUUCCAGUGAUGAAGGUUCACCAAACAGAAGAUCCACAGGAGGACGGUACCUGUCUCUGUCACCUUCUCAGACAGGCAUCUUUGAUGAUGUUUGAUAGACAAAAGACCUGGAGGGAGAACAAAAAAAGCUAGUACACGCUGGAAUCGG